AACGUGAACAAACAUUUAAUGCGUCAUAAGAUAAUUGUGGCGCUGGACGACCGAGGCAAGAUAUCUUGCCAUAAAAUUACACUUUGUUUCAUUUAUCUGGAUCCUGCGCAAUGCAUUGCGCAUCUUCAAAGUUCGGUAGAGGUACAGGAACGCGACGAGCAAGGCUGGGAACAACGCAUGGAUAUUUCCUCCAAUGAUAUUGUUAUUCAAGGUGCCCGCACAACAAGGUUGUCACGCAAACAGAAUGAAUCCAGUGCCGAAAACUUAUUCGCACGUUAUUUACAAAGAUGGGGCAAAGAUUUUCUUCGUCGGCGCUUGGAUUGGACGCUAGAUGAAAGUAUAGGCAACCCGUCGAAUCCUAGACACAUCUCCAGUGCUUUGUGUCCUUGUCAAUACGUACAGGAUAUUCUAGCAAACAAACCAGCGAAAGUCGAUCGACGCGAUUGCUGUCCGAUCGCAUCUUCCAUUCUGCGACGAUUAGGCAUCGAUUAGCGAGCAAACAUAACAUUUAGUAAAACCUAUUAGAACGAACAACCUUGUUAUAUCUAAGAUACGCAGCCCGUUGGGGUAAAGAUAGGGUACGAGGAUACUUAGCAAGCCCGCCGGCAAAAGGCGGCCGACAUUGUGCCCAUUUGACGUGUCCAUGUCAGUAUAUCGAGGAUCAUCUGCAGUGCAAACCGGCAGACGGUAAUUAAUUUUUGGAUGAUGGAAACUCAAUCUAC